GUCAGCUGUCAAGACUCAAGAUUGUUUACGUUACUCGUUAGUUUUUUACUGACAAACAAACAGAAAGCGACAGUUGCGGUGUGAAAAACUCUCAACUGUACGCAAACUGGACUAGCAGUACUGUAAGAGCUGUAAUUUAAGAGCUCGACGUUAGCUGCAGUAAUAAGAUUAUUCCUUUAGAAGAGAAAAGCUGGCCCAUAUGCUUUAGACGAGCCAGCUGAACACUGUCACCUGUUGCAUCACGUUUAUAAUGGAUGAAGAAAGUCCUUCCUCCCUGACAGACAUGAGCAUGGCCUGGGUGUGUCACAACGUGGAAGUGCUUUGUGUUGCACAAGAGGACGGGUCACUGCACUUCCGCCACUGCCCUGUGUUUCCUCAAGAGCUGGCCGAUCAGCUACUGCACAGGAUGGCUGAUGAGGGUGUCCUCAAUGACAGAACCGUAGGCAUCUUCCAGAAUCCGGAGCACCUGCGUUUGCGCCGCGCGUUCAUCCAGUCCUCGCAGCUCUCAGCCGAGGCCUUCAGACUUUCGCUCUGCCCUCACAAGCUCCAAGAGCUCAAUGCUUCACAUGUACACAGCAGCAUCACGAUCUCAGAUGUUCUCCACAGUCUCACCUCCAACAAGCUCUGCAGACAGGGCCUCCAGACACUGCUGAUGGACGGCUUGCGUCUGUACGGGGAAGCAGGUGAGGAGUCGCUGCAGGCCUCCUUCAGCAUGCUCCGGGGCUUGAAGAAGCUCUCGCUGGCCUGGACGGACCUGGAUGACAGAGGUCUGGAGGAUAUCUGUGCCAUUCCCAUGCUGGAGAGCUUGGAUGUCUCUGGCACGAACAUCACGGAUCUCACACCUCUGUUGAAUUGUCAGUCACGGCUUCUGUCGCUGACUGCGCAUGGGCUUCAGAAGUUGGAGAUGCCAACCUCCAGCUUCAUCUUAGUGCUCUCCAAGCUGCACCUGCUGAGGCACCUGGACAUCUCUAAUGACAGGCUGGUAAUGGACAGAGACAAUUUGGUGCAGCAGCUGGUAGAGCGCCCAGGGAUCCUUCCGCAGCUCGUGUCGCUGGAUGUGUCGGGCUGGAGAGGUGUGAGCGACGCUGCCAUCCAAGCCUUUGUGGAGGAUCGGCCAGGACUGAGGUUCAUCGGCCUGCUGGGCACUGCUGCAGGAGGCUCCGAGCUGCUGUGUGGAGAUGGACGUCUGAAGGUGGCUGGAGAGUCCAGUUUAACCCAGCUGUGUGAGGCCUUGAGGAGAUACAGCGACCGAGAGAGUUUCAUACGGGAGGUUCUUGCACAUCUCUACAGUCACACCAGUGACAUGGAAGAACCUCAGCCACACAUUUUAAAGCUGGUAUUGGCUGGAAUGCGACACCACACUGAUUCUCUGCACGUUCAGCUUGUGGCCUCUGCGUGUGUGUUUAACCUGACCGUACAGGAGCUGGUGCUGGGGAUGCCCUUACGCCUGCUGGGAAAUGUAGUUCAGCAGCUUCUUGCAGCCAUGAAAAACUUCCCAAACCAUGAGCAGUUGCAGAAGAAUUGCCUGCUUACUCUUUGCAGUGAUCAUAUCUUACAGGUCGUCCCAUUUGACAGAUACGAAGCUGCUAAGCUGAUAAUGAUGUUGCUGGGGAAUCAAGAAGACCAGACGGUGCAGAGAAUGGCGGUGGCUGUAGUCUCCAUACUGGUGUCUAAGUUGAGCACAGAAGAGAUCGCAGAACUGGGUGCAGAGGCGUUUAUAAUGAAGCAGUUGCUGAGUAUCGUCCAGCAGAAGGCCUCUCUGGGUGUAGUGGACUCCACUCUGAAGUUUGCAUUGAGUGCUCUGUGGAACUUGACAGAUGAGACGCCCACCGCGUGUCGCCAUUUCAUUCAGUGUCAAGGAAUAGAGCUCUACAUGGAGCUGCUGGAGUCUUAUUAUUCCGAGUCCUCCAUCCAGCAAAAGCUCCUGGGCCUUUUGAAUAAUGUAGCAGAGGUGGAGGAGCUGCGGAUGGAGCUGAUGAAUGAGGAUCUGGUGGAGCACAUUCUCUCACUCCUGAUCAACCCAGUGGUGGAGGUGGACAUCAGUUACUUUGCUGGAGGCAUCCUGGCUCAUCUCGUCUCAGUCAGGGGGCCGGUGUGGAGUCUGGAUGCUGAGCUGCACAGCACAGUGCAGGAGAAACUGCACUCUUCUGUCCUGUCAUGGAGUUCUCCUGAGCAUACAAUGGUUUCAUACCGGACGUUCCAGCCCUUCUAUCCUUUGCUGCACGUCUCUCAGUGUUCUGGUGUUCAUCUCUGGGCUCUCUGGGCCAUACAAUUUGUCUGCCGUCAAAACGCCCCUCAGUACUGUAAUGUGCUUCAGAGUGAAGGAGGAACAGACAUACUGAGGGUCCUGAGCUCACAUCCAGACACCCACAGUGAUGUAAAGAGUCUGACCGAAAACAUCCUGAAGAUCCUGGAGCGAAAUUUUCAUCCCACAAGCUCAGUGGAGGAUUUUCAUUGACGUCACAGAAAAGCUAUGGAUUCGUAAAGGGAUGUGCCAUUUCAGGGAGACAUUUCAGAACAUUUUAGAUUCAACAAAA